AUUGUCCUUUAUUCAUAUAGAAAAAAAUUAAAUGUUUUGCUCUUGAAAUUUUCCCAAAUAAAACCAAAUAAAAAAUGGUUUUGUCUCGCAUUCUUUUACGAAACUCCCAUCGCCUCAUCAAACAACAGUUCCUGCUAACCAGAAAAUCACAUGUCAUCACUCGCAACUCCUCCGAAGCAUGCGAAAACACGUUCGACUUUGUCGGCAACUGGCCUCUUGCUGAAAAAGAACUCUUCUUGCAAGACAUGAUCAUCCAACCCGACUUUAUCACACCACACGAAGAAGACGAAAUAAUGAAAGAAAUCGAUCCCUAUCUAAAACGCUUAAAAUACGAAUUCGAUCAUUGGGACGACGCAAUUCAGGGAUUUCGUGAAACAGAACGACAAAAAUGGUAUCCAGACAACAAAAAAAUCCUGAAUCGCGUCUUGGAAACAGCUUUUCCACAAGAAAGUGUCUUGCCUCACGUUCAUGUCUUGGAUUUGGCGGAAGAUGGGCAUAUCAAACCGCAUGUUGACAGUGUCCGAUAUUGUGGAACAACAAUUUCAGGGAUCAGUUUACUCUCGGAUGCUGUUAUGAGGUUAGUGAGAAUCGAUGAGAAAGAGUACAAAGACAACGCGGAAUACAGAAAUCAACCUUCGCCGUUGGGAGAAAAGGGAUUUUAUGUGGAUGUCUUGUUAAAAAGACGUUCGUUGUAUAUCAUGAGCUAUACUUCACGUUACAAUUUCACGCAUGAAGUAUUGGGAAAUGAGAAAAGUGUCUUUAAAGGAAGUCCCGUGAAGAAAACUCGAAGAGUUUCAAUCAUUUGUAGAAAUGAACCUCGUUCACAAACCAAUUCUUGA